AUGGACCGGCUCUGUUCUUGGGCAGGAGUUAGUUGCACUGAUGGCCUUGUUAUUGGUCUUGACAUUAGUGACGAAUUUAUCUCAGGUGGCAUUGACAAUUCCAGCAUUCUCUUUGAUCUUCAGCAUCUUCAAAGCCUCAACUUGGCCCACAGUUACUAUAUUCAGGGCUCUCAAAUUCCGUCUGCAAUUGGAAGGCUUACGAAUUUGAGGUAUCUAAAUUUAUCCUUUAAUGCUUAUUUCGGGCAAAUUCCCAUUGGGAUUUCACACUUGACAAAGUUGGUUACCCUUGAUCUUUCUGAAAAUUUCUUCAUUGAAGUUCAAUCCGAAAGUUUCUCCUUUGGCACUCAAUCCGAAAAUUUAAAACUUAAGAAUCCAAAUCUAAGCAUGCUCAUUCAGAACCUCACAGAGCUUACAGAGUUAUAUCUUGAUGAUGUAAACAUAUCAUCAGCACAUGGGGCUCACUGGAGCCAAGCAAUAUCAUCUUCACUGCCAAACUUGAAGGUGUUGAGCUUGUGCAGGUGUAAUAUUUCAGGCCCUAUUCAUCAGUCUUUUGCUAAGCUCCAGUCUCUAUCCGUGCUUCUAUUGGAUCAUAACGAUAUCUCUGCUCCAGUUCCUGGAUUCUUUGCCAACUUUUCAAGCUUGACUUCCUUAAGUCUCCUUGGAUGUAACUUGUACGGGACGUUUCCUGAAGAGAUCUUCCAGAUAACUACACUGCAGGAAGUUGACCUUUCAUGGAAUCCCCGGCUUCAGGGUUCCUUGCCAGAAUUUCUUAACAAUGGAUCUCUCCGAUCCCUAAAUCUAAGCAGGUCAAAAUUUUCAGGGUUCCUGCCAAGAUCUAUUGGCAACCAUAAAAUGUUGUGUACACUAGACUUCUCAGAUUGCAGUUUCACUGGAUCAAUCCCAAACUCAGUGGCAAACCUUGCUAAUCUGGAAGUUCUCAUGUUGGACUCCAAUCUACUCCAUGGGAAUAUUCCAUUAUCUCUCUUUUCUCUUCCUGUGCUGCAGAAACUAGUACUUACGCAUAAUCAAUUCUACGGUCAAUUACCCGAAUUUGCCAACAUCUCUUCAAAUUUACUGGACACCCUUGAUUUGAGUGGCAACCAUUUGGUAGGACCAAUACCUACUUCUAUCUUUAAUCUUAGAGGGCUUCAAGAGCUUAGGCUUUCUUCAAACCAUUUCAGUGGCUUUCCUUUCAACGGUCCUCAGCAGCCUAAAAAUCUUUCGUUUCUUGAUCUUUCCAACAAUGGCUUGAUUGAUUACAAUGGAAGCAGUCCAACAUCUUCGUCCUUCCUUCAAAUUAACCGCUUGGUCUUGUCCUCUAACAAGUUGAGGGCGUUCCCAGACUUCUUGAGAAAUCAAUCCAGAUUAAACGAUUUGGACCUUUCAGAAAACGAGAUUCAAGGCGAGAUACCCAACUGGAUUUGGAAGCUCAAUUCUCUUCUUAAACUAAAUCUUUCUUACAACUCCUUGGCAACUCUACAAGGUCCUUUAACUAACUUAACUUCUGUCAUCAUUCUUGACCUUAGUUCAAACAAUCUUCAGGGAAAAAUCCCAGUUUUCCUAUCAUCAGCCACUUAUCUGGAUUACUCCAGAAAUAAUUUCAGCUCUAGUAUACCAGCUGACAUUGGUCAUUUCCUUCCUAAAAUUGCUGUCUUCUCUCUGUCAAGCAAUAACUUGCAUGGAAUCAUUCCACCAUCAAUAUGCAAUGCAAAUCUUCUGGUUCUUGAUCUGUCCAAUAAUUCUCUGAGUGGCAUGAUUCUGGAAUGCUUGACUCAGCAGUCAGUACUUAAUUUGAGAAGCAACAACCUUACUGGCCCUAUCCGGGAUAAAUUCAAUGAAUUUUGCAGUCUACAAAGUCUAGACCUUAGCAGAAAUCAGAUACAAGGUCAGUUUCCAAAGUCUCGAGUCAACUGUACACGGUUGGAGUAUGUAAACCUUGGAAACAAUCAGAUAACUGAUACCUUUCCAUGCUUGCUGAAGAAAAGAUCCACCUUGCGUGUUCUUGUUUUGCGAUCCAACAAAUUUUAUGGACGCAUUGGAUGUCCCGAGGCCAAUGGCACCUGGCCAAUGCUUCAAAUCAUAGACUUAGCUUACAACAAUUUGAGUGGUGAAAUACCAGGAACAUCUAUGAAAACAUGGAAAGAAAUGAUGGUUAACAAAAACGAUUCCCUAUAUAACCUGGGACUUCAGUACGACGGGGGAGUUGGAAGUCUGCUUUACUAUGACGAUGCAGUAACAAUUACCAGCAAAGGUUCAGAAAGGGAUCUGGUAAAGAUUCGAACCUUCUUCACCUUGAUUGACUUCUCGUGCAAUGAAUUCAACGGAUCAAUACCUGAGGAAAUGGGAGAAUUCAAAUCACUCUAUGUCCUCAACUUGUCCUACAAUACUUUCACAGGACAAAUCCCAUCAUCAUUCGGUAACAUGCGAGUGCUCGAGUCCUUAGACCUGUCGAAGAACAACCUGAGCGGGCAAAUUCCACCACGGCUUGCAAAGCUUACCUUCCUUUCAUUCUUGAAUCUCUCAAACAAUCAACUGUUUGGUAGGAUCCCAACCAGCACUCAGUUCUCAACUUUUCCAAAAGCCACCUUUGCAGGUAACAAAGGCUUAUGGGGGCCUCCUUUGACCGCAGACGACAAACCAGGAUUGCCGGUGCCACCACCAGCAUCGACUGAAAGCCGUCGAAGUUCUGGACAUGAGAUUAAUUGGGAUCUCAUCAGUGUUGAAAUUGGAUUUGUAUUUGGCUUCGGAGUUGCCAUUGGAUCACUUGCCUUUUACAAGAGAUGGAGGAAUUGGUAUUACAAAGCUACGCUUAACAUCAUCUUUAAGAUGUUCCCUCAGCUGCAUCAAAGACUUGGCAAUCAAGGAAGACAUGUUUACAUAAACCAAAGGAGAAGACGUUGA